AUGGGUUCUUCGUCUUCAAAAACAGCAGCUCCAUCUCAACUUCUUGAAAACCCAUGGAGGCAAAUUAACUAUGGAGAAAACCCAACUGAUCAGCAUUUUGUGGAGAACUACAAACCUCGGGCUGAAGAACAAAAUCUUAGGAUCCUCCUUCAUGGUCCAGUUGGAGCUGGAAAAUCUAGUUUCAUCAAUUCUGUAAACAGUGUCUUACAAAAGAGAAUACGUUGUGAUGCUUUGGUGGCUAACUCUUGUGACUGUUUCACCAAAAAGUAUACAACCUACAGGAUCAAAAAGGGACAUACCUUUUACCCUUUUGUCCUAAAUGACAUGGUAGGGUUGAAAGACACAACCACCAGAAGAAACAGAAGGAUUCAUGUGAAAGAUGUCAAACAGGCGCUGAAGGGCCACAUAAAAGAUGGUUACGUGUUCCACCCUGAAAAUAAACUGUCAAAAGGCGAUAGAUACUACAACAGAACUCCAACUGAGAACGACAAAGUGCACGUUUUGGUUUGUGUUGUUGAUGCCAACACUGUAUCCCUGAUGAGCGAUGCCACUGUGGAAGCAAUACAGGAUGUCAGAGAUGAAGCCACUGAGCUGGAGAUUCCACAAGUGGCAAUUUUCACCAAAAUUGACGAGGCUUUUCCUGAGAUAAAUCAUGAUGUGACAAAUGUCUACAGGAGCAAAUCUCUGCAGGAAAGGAUUGAGCUGUUCAGCAAACGUGUGGGCAUCCCUAUUAACUUUAUUUUUCCGGUGAAGAACUACCACUCAGAAAGAGAACUGAAUCCUGACAUUGAUGCUAUAAUAAUGAACGCCAUGAGACACAUCAUUGACAUUGGAAAUGACUCCCUCAACACAAAGUUAAGACCCCAGACCGAGACGUCCACUGCCCCGGCUGCAGCUCAGAGCGGGGAGAAGGGGAGGCGAGACAUGUCAGCCGUGUGGAACUUUUUCAAAGUGAAUGAAAACGACAAAACAAAGGCGGAUUGCAAAUUGUGCUCAGCGAAAUUGUCCAGAGGAGGCUCAAAAGGUAGCGCAUUUAACACAAGCAAUUUAAUCAAGCACCUGAAAUCCCAACAAGAUAAUGAGUACAAGGAGUUUACCCACGCUUCUAGACCAACACAACCCACGCUGCAGCAAACUCUUGCAAGACGAGAGAAAAUGUCCAGAGACAAUCUACGUGCUGUGAAAAUAACACAGGCAAUUAUCGAGUACAUUGCAUUGAGUGACCAGCCACUCUCGGAGGUAGAAAAUGUUGGAUUCCUGCAUCUCCUCCAUGUUCUGGAGCCCAGAUAUGAUGUCCCAAGCUGCCACUACAUGACUGACACGGAGCUGCCUAAACUACACGAGUCCGUGAAAAAACAUAUCCACAGCCUACUGCAAGUCUCCUCUGUGUUUAGUUUCACCACGGAUAUUUGGACAAGCAGUGUUAGCCCCGUGUUGCUGAUUAGCCCAACCUCCCAGUGGAUAGACGAGUUUCACGCCGCAAUGAGCCAUUACAUGCCAAACAAUUCUGCGGCUCGCACACCAGCCAGGCUAUAG